GGCGUAUUAGAGUGAGACGGAUGUACAUGACUGCAUGCACAUCACCUAGUGAAUUUACCAUCUCUGAUGUUGGCCGUCUCUAUGAAAUCCCUCGCGAAGCAGUUGAUUCGUUGGGAUAUCAACGAUUACUCCCUUCAAAUAUGGCAAAACAAACUGAUACUCUUGGAGAACUGGUCACUGUUAUUAGAGAGCCACUAUUAGAGAUAUCUACUUGCAUGUCUGUUGCCCGUCCAUCGUUUCCUGCUUUGAGAAUGGUGUUAUGGGGUCCUUUUGGUACAGGGAAGUCUAACCAACAUAUAUGGAAAACUCUUAGCACGUUGAAAACAGAACGUAACCAACAUAUAUGGAAAACUCUUAGCACGUUGAAAACAGAACAAACUGCCUGUAUCCAAAGCUAUCUUAUUGAGGGUAUUUCUGCUCCUUUUCUUGCUACUGACUGUAUCGGUGGACUAUUUCGUGAACUAAAGAGGCACUCUUCUGCUGGUUCUAUAAAGGUUUUCGUUGCCAUUGACGAUGCGAAUUCAUUGUGGGGUAAAACAUUGGUGAAGAAGGCAGAUAGGACAUUUGCAUCCCCUUCUGAUCUCACCCUUGUGAAUCAUUAUAGAAGUUUGAUCUCAUCAGAUUGGGAGAAUGGGUGCAUUUUGUUAGUAGCUGACAAGAAAGAAGUCUCGGAUGCAAGGGAUGAGGUCACUGUGCCACGACAUACGCCUUUGGAGUUGUUUGGUGAAGAAGGAUUCUAUUUCAUUGAGCCAUUCUUACCGAUCGAAGUCAAACAAUACACUAUGGAGGAAAUUAGCAAUAUGUACCAGUACUAUUACGAUAAACGGUGGCUUGCCAGUGAAAAAGCUCGAACAGAAGAAGGCAAAAAACAAUUGUUCUACCUCAGCGCCUUCAACCCUUACAAUUUUGAAAGGUUAUGUGCUUUUAACUAGGU